AUGGCUGUCCUCUCGGCCUCACCGCUGCAGCUCGUGCAGUCAAUACCACCCGUUACGCGUGCCUUCACGUUUGCUACCAUUAUCACUUCCCUACUGUUCUACUGGUUCUGGUGGACUGGGGAUGAGAACUUUAGCGCACCAUACCUCGUAUUGGUGCCAGGACAAAGU